GUUAUCUAACUUUAAUAUUUACAAUAAUUGUUUUCAAAUAAUUAAAGUUAGCAUGUUUAAUUAAACAAUAACAUUUUUUAUUCAAGAGUUGGGUUAGGUAGAGGUUACUUAUAGUAGGAUGACCAGAGGUCCCCAAUUUCUGGAGAUUGUCCAUGGUUUUUCCUAUUUUUAAUACUUGAUUGUGGACUCUAUCUUUGAUUAAAGCAGUUUUAUUAACAUGUCAAUAUAAUAUUACCAAUUUGUACAUAAAUAAAUAAAUAACUUUAGAAAAUAAGGAAAGUUCAGAUUUAGAUCUUACUUUUACUGAUUCUGAAAUGCAUCCCCAGUUGGAUUGUAAAAGAUAUGGUCUGUCUACCUGUAACCUACUGGAGGUCAUUUUGGGGAAUUCAUUAGCCUAUGGGAGAUUGCAACUUUGCAUAGAUGUAAGAAUGUUGCUUUCUGAACUCAGGAAAAAUUUUAUAUAUGGAUCCAGUUGACAUUUCCUAUUGAUGUUAAAGUUUAAAGAAAUUGAUGACAUUUGUCAAAAAUAUUGAUCCAAAGAAUUAAGAUUAAAAUAGAAUGAAGAAAAAUUUAAUUUAAAAAUGGCUCACCAAAAACUUAUUUCGUAUCAAAUAGAUGACUAUUAUGAAUUUAUCUGUGGAUGGGGAGCAGCAUUUAUCAAUAUAACUUUAACAUUUCCAGUAAAUAAAGUUAUGUUUAGACAAAUGAGAGAUGGAGUUGCAACUUCCAAGGCAAUUCAACAAUUAAAACAUGAAGGUUUUCAUUAUUUAUAUAGAGGAAUCUUACCACCAUUGAUUCAAAAAACAAUUUCAGUUUCUAUUAUGUUUGGAACUUACAGUCAAUAUGGAUAUAUGUUAGAAAAAACUUUUCCAUCUAUUCCUAAACCAAUUUGUUUAGGAAUUGCAGCAACAUUAGCAGGCAAUACUGAAGCAUUAUUAACUCCAUUUGAAAGAAUACAAACUUUAAUGCAAGACAGAAAUUAUCAUACCAAAUUUAGAAAUACAUUUCAUGCUUGCAUGGAAUUACAGAAGUUUGGAAUCAAAGAAUUUUAUCGAGGUUUAGUGCCAAUUUUAUUAAGGAAUGGUCCCAGUAACGUAAUGUUUUUUGGAUUACGUAGUUCAGUAAAAGAUAAUCUUCCAAAGACUUCUUAUUGGUGGGAAGAACUGCUAACUGAUUUUAUAAGUGGUGCUGCUGUUGGUUCUAUAAUCAGCACUGUUUUUUAUCCAGUGAAUGUUAUAAAAACAAAAAUGCAAGUUUGUUAUGGAACACCUUACAUUGGUAUAGUGGAGGCAUUUAGAUUAACUUAUGCUGAAAGAGGAUAUAGUUUUCGAAAAUUAUUCUAUGGAGUUCAUAUAAAUUAUACUCGUGCCUUGUUGUCUUGGGGUAUAAUUAAUGCCUCUUAUGAAUUACUUAAAAGGACAUUUUUUCCUCACGUAUGAAAAUUAAUAAAUACUAAAAUAUUAAUUAUUAGUUUGUAAAUUUGUUAAUUUAUGAAUAGGAAUAAAUUUUAUAGAUAUAGAUAUAGAUAUAGAUAUAUAUAUAUAUAUGCAUAGAAGAGUAAUAUAAAUUUGAUGCUAAACACUAUUUUAUAAUAAGAUGAUUUCUAUUAUAACAUGAAUAUUAUAGUAAGAAAUUUUAUAUCAAUUUAAAUGAAAAAA